UUAGAUUUCAACUACUGUAAAAAACGCAGAAUGGACUUUCCGCUUCAGGCGGCUAUGUCAGACCGAAACAGGUCGACGAAGACCAAAGAAAUAAUUAAAAACCCUGGGCGGCCGCCCCGUGAGGGUUUAUAUUUCAGACUGCACCUUCCACCAUUAUAAUAGCAAUAUCCGCCAUUUCCUUGCAAAUCACAUCGAUCCCUCAAAUUGCCGAGACUUCUUAAAUUGCAGCGACUCUUAAAUUCGUAUCAAACACCUAAAUUGGAGGUAAAUUUCACACAGUCGAACAUUUGCAGGUCUUGGACAAUGGAUCCCCAUGAUGGUUUCAACCAAAAUGAUUCUUUGAGUGAGAAGACAUACGCCAUAAGCGGAAAAAUCAUGCUGGCAGCCAUUGUAGUUCUGUUCACAGUGGUGCUCUUCAUCCUCGUCCUGCAUAUUUACGCCCGAUUUUUCUGGCGGCGGGCGCUGGCUUCGAACCGGCGACGAGGCGGUUCGUCUCGGCGCCGCCGAUUGGCUUUCUCAGGGGACCAGGAUCCGGCGAGGCUUCGCAGAGUCGGGCUUGAAAAGUCGGUGAUUGAAACCCUACCUGUGUUUGUGUACCGCGCAGAGAAUUUCAAAGACGAUGCCCUUGAAUGCGCCGUUUGCCUCUGCGAAUUCGAGGAGAACGAAAAGGUCAGAUUGUUGCCCAAAUGCAAUCACAGUUUUCACAUAGAGUGCAUCGACAUGUGGUUCGACUCGCAUUCGACCUGCCCGCUCUGUCGAACGAGCGCUCAGCCCGACCCGGUGGUGCUGCCGGUCGAUGGUUCUGUCGCAGCAGUCGGUGAGAGUUCAGGCACAGCCGGUGAACAGGAGGGUUCGAAUGUUUUCAUCACAGUCGACGGAAAUCGCAACAGUGAUCUGUGCGAUUCGUGCAGGCACAAUGAGGAUUUACCCUCGUCUACUUAUCCCACCAAUGUUCUGUUCUGGGGCACUCAGAGUCGAGUGAGUUCGAGGAAUUUGACUGAAGGUACUUCUUCCCGGAAAUCGCUGGGGAAAAUCGCUGUGGACAUUCCGCCCAGAAGGGCUGAUAGCUUUUACUCCCCGAGGGAUCAUCAGCAGUACUUUUCUCCCGGUGGCCCGUCGUCUGUCAAGUCGCCUUCUACUCGCCUUCGGUCUUUGAAAAGGAUUCUGAACCGGUCUGUUCCGCCGAGCCCCAGUGGUAGUGUUCAUGUUGAGCAGGAUGCUUCAGAUCAGGUGUGAAGUUAUGGAGGAUGAAUUUGGUUCAGAGCAACAGAUCUUGAUCUGGCCUGUAAGGAGGGUUAGUGGUGGACACUUGAGAAGCUGGUUAUUUAAUCAAACUCUGUAUUUCAAACAGAUUCGAAGUAUUCUUGCAAAUAACAGGAGGUUUGGUUCUUUGAACCCCUCUCUGUAAUUCUCUCGUAGAAGUAAGCGAGAGCAGACAUGGGCAUUCUGUAUAGUUUUGUUUUAAAUUAUUUAUUUGAUUUCUUGUAAUCCUUGCUUGGGUUUAUGAGGAAUUAGCAACAAUAAGUUUCUGGGUCAGGAUUACCAAAGAAUGAAGGUGAAGCCACUUUCAGGGGUAAUUCUUUCCCAUUCCAUGUUCUUUCUUACAAUUGAUUAAAAAACAGAGAAUCAGCAUUCAGCAAUGCCUGAGAACUCUCUUUUCUUUUCA